GGAACCAUUGGCAAUUCAAAUUUUGUGCCGUCGAAGAGCCAGCACUUGUGUACAAUAACAUGAUCGAUUCGAGGAGGAUGUUGAAGCAACCAUGGCAUCUUUCAGUGUCCGUUGCCUUCUUUUCCAGCCUAUGCUUCUGGUUUCAGGUGUCCAUGGCUCAAAAUGCUACUACCGAUCCAUCUGAAGUGAGGGCGUUGAACUCAAUAUUCGAGCAAUGGGACACGCAAGCCGUGCCGGGGCUGUGGAAUAUCAGUGGAGAUCCAUGCAGUGGAUCUGCCGUUAAUGGAACCCCGUUUGAGGAUGGAGCUAAUAAUCCAUCCAUCAUUUGUGAUUGUACUUAUGAAAAAAAUACUACCUGCCACAUCACCGCACUGAGAGUUUUUGCUCUGAACAGACGAGGGGUGUUUCCACAAGAAUUUGUGGCUUUAAGAUAUCUGACCUUUUUGAACAUUGAUCGGAAUUAUUUCACCGGUCCCCUACCAGCAGUCGUCGGCAAUAUGUCUGCGUUGAUGAUAUUGUCAAUUGCCAUCAAUUCAUUCUCUGGGCCCAUCCCCAAGGAGCUUGGAAACCUUAAGGACCUAACUAUCCUGUCCUUUGGAACAAAUAAUUUCUCUGGAACACUCCCUCCAGAACUUGGUAAUUUAGUCAAGCUCGAUCACUUUUACAUGGACAGCUGUGGACUUAGUGGUGAAAUUCCUUCAACAUUUGCUAAGCUCAUCAAUCUGCAACUCUUCUGGGCAUCAAACAAUCCUUUCUCAGGAAAGAUACCUGCUUUCAUUGGGAAUUGGACAAAACUAACUCAUUUGGGAUUUCAAGGGAACUCUUUUGAAGGCCCAAUACCAACCAGUUUUUCUCAACUGACUUCAUUGAACAAUCUGCGAAUCAGUGAUAUAUAUAAUGUGAGCUCCUCUCUUGAUUUUAUAAGAAAUUUGAAGAGCUUGACUCAUUUAGUUCUACGGAAUGCAUUAAUCAAUGGUAGCAUUCCUUCUGAUAUUGGAGAAAAUCAAAGUUUUGUGACAAUGAAUCUGGGUUUCAACAAUUUAACAGGCCAACUCCCAAGUUCUUUGUUCAACAUGAGUUCUCUUAAAAAUUUGUUUCUUGGAAACAAUAGCCUGUCUGGACCUCUUCCAAGCCAAAAGAGCAAUCGACUUCAGACUAUUGAUUUGUCUUACAACUAUUUAUCAGGAAGCUUUCCCCAAUGGGUAACCACAAAAUUGCAACUGAACUUAGUGGUCAACAACUUCACAUUUGGCAGUUCAAACAUAACUCCUCCUGGAUUGAAUUGCCUCCAGAGGAAUUUUCCAUGCAAUCGAAAUGCCCCCCGAUAUGCAAACUUCUCAAUCAAGUGCGGAGGACCACAAAUGAGUGGAAGUGAUGGCAUAUUGUAUGAAGCUGAAGACUCAGCUCUUGGCCCAGCAACAUUUAAUGUAACCAGUACACAGAAAUGGGCUGUUAGCAAUGUGGGUUCGUUUACUAAUAGAAUGAAUGCAUCAUUUGUGGCCCCAGAGCUUUUCCUGACUUCAAGACGGUCCGCAGGUUCACUGAGAUACUAUGGCCUAGGUCUUGAGAAUGGACCUUAUACCGUAACGUUGCAAUUUGCAGAAACGGUUUUUUCUAGCACACAAACUUGGCAAAGUUUAGGAAGGCGUGUAUUUAAUAUCUAUAUUCAAGGGAACCUCAGAAGGAAGGACUUCGACAUAUCGGAGGAGGCAGGUGGGGCUAACAUAGCAGUUGCGAGACGCUUCAAGGUUAAUGUGACAGAGAAUUACCUAGAUAUUCAUCUGUUCUGGGCUGGUAAGGGAACAUGUUGCAUACCUGAAGAGGGUGAGUACGGCCCGCUAAUAUCGGCUGUCCAUGCUGCUUCAGAUUUUACACCAACUGUUUCUGGGCUUCCACCAACUACUCCAGGAAAGAAGAGCAGGACUGGGUUGAUAGUUGGUAUUGCAAUCCCUGUUGGGGUUGUGAGCUUGCUAUUAUUAUUUGCAGUUCUAUAUAUGAGGAGAAAAAAAUCAGAAAAAGAUGACGAUGAAGAUCUUCUAGGAUUAGGCCCCCGACCAAAUACUUUCAGUUAUGCUGAGUUGAGAGCUGCAACAGAAGAUUUUAAUCCUUCAAAUAAGCUAGGAGAGGGAGGAUAUGGACCUGUUUAUAAGGGUACACUAUCUGAUGGGAGGGUAGUGGCUGUGAAGCAACUUUCAGUAGCAUCUCACCAAGGGAAGAGUCAAUUUGUAACCGAGAUUGCUACGAUAUCUGCAGUCCAACAUCGCAAUCUAGUGAAAUUGUAUGGAUGCUGCAUCGAAGGAACCCAGCGCAUUUUGGUUUAUGAGUAUCUUGAAAACAAGAGCCUCGAUCAGGCACUUUUUGGAAGAAAUGACUUGCACCUUAACUGGCCUACCCGCUUCAAUAUAUUGUUGGGAACAGCAAGAGGACUUGCUUACCUUCAUGAGGAGUCAAAGCCCAGGAUUGUACAUCGAGAUGUCAAAGCCAGUAAUAUUUUGCUAGAUGCAGAACUCUCCCCUAAAAUAUCAGAUUUUGGAUGGGCAAAGCUUUAUGAUGACAAGAAAACACACUUGAGCACCCGGGUUGCAGGCACAAUAGGCUAUUUGGCUCCGGAGUAUGCAAUGCGCGGACAUCUGACAGAAAAGGCUGAUGUUUUCGGUUUUGGGGUUGUUGCUUUGGAGAUCCUCAGCGGGAGACCAAAUUCUGACAACAACUUGGAUCCUGAGAAGAUUUAUCUUCUUGAAUGGCCAAGUUAUUUGACAGAUUGGGAUUUCAAAGAUGUAACCACAAGUAGCUUUUUGGUGGAUGAUGAUACCUCAUCAACUGAGAGCAAUGUUGUCCUCAGCCAUCAGCCUGAAGGGAGCACAACUGCUGCUAGCCCCGGGAUUGACCCUGCGUCGUCUCCGGUAAAUGUGACUGGAUCAAUGCUCACUGGCAUUAUAGGAGAAGGAAGAUGCUUGGAUGAAAUGCUUAAGGGGCCGUUUGGUUCAUGGGAAAGGAGGCAUAGGAAUGGGAAUUCAAUUGCUUUCACAUGUUUGGGUUAUGCACUAGCAUUUGAAGGAGGCACAAAGUCUAAUUGUGGCAUUCAUGGUGAUAUGCAACUGUCAAAUGAGAAGAACAAUUUUGAAGGCAGCCAUGAUGAUGAUUUUGAGCAUGAAAGUAAAAGAUACAGUGAAGAGGCUGAAGCCAGACAAGGCCAUGAUGAUGAUACAUAUGUUGCAAAUGACGAAUAUAAUGGAUAUGCAAUUAUGAUGACGAAUACAAUUAUGAUGAGGAAUGCGAUUUUGACGAAUUAUGACUCAAAUAUUCAAUUCAUUUUUCAUGAUUCAGUUGUAUCAUGUUACGAUCAAAAGACAUAUUAA